AGAGCCACAAAUCCCAUCUCGAAGUUCCAGUAAAUGACUCCCCUCCACGAACACGCCCAGACAUGUUAGAUGUCCGGCUCCACCUCACAGUGACGACCUCAUACUGGACCCACAAGGUUCAAAACACAGAUGGAGACUCAGGACUCCUCUGGGAGCGAGGACUGUCCUUUCUGCGAAAUAGUGAACGCCACUGUUGACACGGAAGUCCUGCUCAGCGAUGAGAAGCUGCUCUGUUUCCGUGACACUACACCUGGAGCCACACAUCAUUACCUCGUUAUUCCCAGGACACAUAUCGACUACUGCAAAGCUCUCAAAGCGGACGACAUUCCUCUAGUGGAGAGGAUGGUUCAAAUGGGACGGCAAGUACUGGAGAAGAAUAAAGUCAGCUGCCUUGAUGAUGUGAGGAUGGGGUUUCAUAUACCUCCCUUCUCGUCCGUCCCCCACCUUCACCUCCACGUUUUGGCUCCUGCCAGUAAGAUGGAACCAAAGUCACAGCUUCGCUACGGACCACUGUCACACUGGUUCAUCACGGUAGAUAAAGUGCUGACUCAGCUGAAAACUCGCGGCAGGGUCAAAUGAUGAGUUUCCCCUCCAAAAAGUGGGAAAGAAUGUUGUUUUUAUUUAACCUGGAUUCACCAAAUGUCAUGUUGUGUAGCUGAGUCAUGAAUGAGAAGAGAAUGACAUUUUUUUUGCACAAGCUUUUGAAUUUAAGAAAGCUUUAAGGAAGCUUUAAAACGAAUGAAACGCACAGUAUAUAUUGAUACUGUUUGAUCAUAUUUAAGAAAGAAUACACUUUAUAGAAUAUUUUCUGUCAGGAUAAUUGCACUGUUGAUUGUUCAGAAGGUGUAGAUGAAGUAGAUCAAAUUAAACUGCUGCUGUUAUCACUCUUGAGAUAUCUGAUGCACUGGGGUACAAACUGUCAUUAAAUAUUUAUACAAACAUGUGUAUGAUACAAUAAAAGAUCUUAAUAAGCUCAAAAUACA